CGAAUAAUCAUUCACGUGACACUUGGGCGAUUGUCAUAUGAUUUUACUGUGAAAAGAAGUGUUCAGAAGGUCGUGAAAAUGUUGAAAUUCGUCCUUAUCUCCUUCUUUUUGGUUGCAGCUGUCAAUGCCUCAGGAUUCUUAUCAGUACACCAUUACCCGGACUCGAUAGAAUUCAAGGGUAACGAUGAGCUGAGUAGUGAUCUCAUUUCCGAUGUCUUUCUUGCUUCCCUGGGAUACACAAUUGACGGUCAGGGUGAUUUCGAUGGCCUUCGAAUUCGGAAUCCCUUUAAUAUGCCAAAAUCAGCCUUGAUUGUCCAGGUCGAUGGGAUUGAUAAGCUCAAUUUCGCAUCUACAAAGUCCCAAGAGUAUCCCAUUUUUGGGGCUUCUGCGUCCAACAGUCUAGAUUUGCUUAAUUCCAGAGUAUCAAAUCACGUGAACGUCGAUUUUGAGGAUCAUUUGGACACAAUCUCAGCAAUUUCCGAGGUUUAUGGUGAUAUUAAACCUGUUGUUGGAAAGACAACUUCUUCCCUGAAACCGUCAAAUUAUGUUGCAGAUAAGCAUUUCCUCUAUAACGUGGCCAUCAUCAAUGAACUGGCUGAUAAAAUCAAAGCAAAAUCUUCAAUUGCCAAUGUUGUCACCGUACGCAUUUCUCUAAAUGAAUUGGCUUCCGUUCAUGAGACCUCUUCUACCGCUUUUGCUGACGCCAAAAAAAUUCUAACCAGAGCUAUUGAGAAUUUGAUUGAUGCUGCUGAGAAUUCCAAUGAUGGCAAUAUCCUUGUGGCUACUAUUACCAGCAAGGACGAUUUAUCUCGUGCCAAGCGUGCCGCUCCAGAAAUGCGUCAGGAAAUUCCCUCUGACCUCAAUCUCGCCAAAUCAUACUCUUCAAAUUAUCCGGUAAUCUUCAACAUCAUUCUGUGGUUCGGAGUUGUUCUGUUCUUCUCCCUCCUUGCCAUUUGCUACGCCAUCGCCGAUAUGGAUCCAGGCAGGGAUUCCAUCAUUUAUCGCAUGACCUCCACACGUAUGAAGAAGGACAACUAAGAUCAAGGAGGCUGUGCUUAAAAAGCUCCAGGAGAGCAUGUAAAAAGUAUUACAGAAUUAUUUCCUUUCAAAAAAAAAAAAAGAAUAGUCAAGUUAAUUGAAGACAUGAUAACGCACUUUCGGUGUAAUUUAAGCGUAGAUUUUUGUUGGCUGUAUAUUUUGUGAGAAAUUGUCAUCAGAAUGAGUGUACAGUAAAAUUUAAAUAAAUUUUAGUUGAGUAAACA